AUGGCUCUCCAGGCCGAUGAAGAACUGUUCAAGAGUGCCAUAUCCGGGUAUCGCGACGCAUUUUUGGUUCGACAUGCCCACCUUCCGGAAUCCGAACGAAAUCGACUCUGGGGCCAGCAGAUCAGCCAGUUCAUUCCAGCCAUCGACCGCGAAGAUGCUGCGCUAGGCAAACCCGGGAAACGAACUCGACAGGAUGCCAUCCCGCGGACGCUCCCUGGUUCUGGUCCUCCGCAGGCGAAACGGCGAGCCACCAGCCCGGAAAUUCCGGUGGCCCAUGAGCUGCGGCGCGCUCUCUCGCAGUCGUCGUCCGGAGCGGUGCCCUGUCAGGGUGCGCCGCUCUCGGGUCCAGGCCAAAGCUCCUAUCGACACACACCCAUGGUGCGCUCCCAGAGCCAGCAGAUCCCCGUCUCCCACUGGCAUCCGCCGGCCGGGGGUGCGAUGAGCAAGCGCCAAUCUUUCGGACCGGGCCAGACGAAACGCCUCGAUCAUGUCGACGAAUACUCGCCUUCGGAAUAUGCGAAGCACUUGGACGAACCGGACCACCAGCACCAGGACCAACCCUUCGGCUCCGCCUUGUCUCUGGGUCUGGCAACUGGAUCAACUGGACCGACCUCGGCACCCUCUGCGAUGGCCCAAGUGACGCAAGCGCCUGUUGAAUAUUCCGAACAGGCACCCCCCUUGGCCAAUCCGUCCCGGACAACGGGGGUUGAGAUGACUCGCAGCGGGACCACCGACACCAUCAUCGACAGUUUCGACAUGUUUCGGUUCAACUCGACGGGACCGCGCGCGGAUCUGGAUAAUACGUAUUCCAUCCCCCCGGAGUGGGUGCCCACAUCCACAUCUGGUAUCUCGUAUCAAGACUCCUUUCCCUCUUCGCUGCAUCCUGACCUAGAUCCCACUACCGCCUUCCCCUUCUCCUACCCCAACCCCAUCUUCUUUUCCACCUCUGCACCCAGCACGACCACCUUCCGGCCGCCAGUGCCACCGGCGUCAUCCGUUGAGGCAGCCGAGAUGCAACCAUCCUUGUCUAGCUCGAGCGACGACUCGGAUGACAUCAUGCCACCAUCGCGCGCAAUCCGCCGAACCCAACAGCAAGUCGCCCGUGCAACCCGGCCUAUCGCCCCGAAACGUGAAUCACACGACAGCAUGCACAGUCAACCGGAGCCCAGAGAGAUGCACAAAAUGCUCCGGAUCUCCUCAGCCGACGGCACGGCCAAGGAAGUCGCUGCCAUCCCGAAAGCUUCAGUGCAAAGACCACCUCGCUUGAAGACAUACUGUCAUCUCUGCAACGAUCAACCCGAAGGUUUCCAUGGAGAGCACGAACUUCGCCGACAUAUCGACCGUGUACACGCACCUGUCCGCAAGGUCUGGAUUUGCGUCGACAUCUCGCCAGACAAGAGCUUCCUCGCCAACUGCAAAGCCUGCCGAAAUGGAAAACGCUACGGCGCAAACUAUAAUGCCGCAGCGCACCUGCGCCGCACGCAUUUCAAUCCCUGCCAACGCGGACGCGGUGGACGAGGCAAAGACAGCGAGAAGCGUGGAGGCAAGGGCGGUGGGAACCUUCCGCCUAUGGACGUCUUGAAGCACUGGAUGAUCGAGACGGUCGAACGUGCAAAUGAGAACGUUCAAGAUGGGUUCCCAGACAUGUUGGAUGAAGCCUAUACUGGACCAAUCGCCUUGCCGUUUGCUGAUCCUUCGCACGCAACGGCGAUGAAGAGGGCCGGGACGAUGGCCGCGAACUCGCUAGGCGAGGCAGAUGUGCAUGUGCCAGCGGGUAUGGAGUCCACAGCAAUGCAUGAGUAUGGCAACUUGCCAGUUUCAGCGUCUUUUGAUUUCGAUGACACGCUUGAUACGCCGUUCUAUAUCGACUCGCAAACUCUGCCAUCCGAGUUUGACUCGUAUGUCAUGUGA